AUGGCUGGUUGUCUGCGAAGUUCCCCACCUUGUCAAAAGUGGGCACUUUUGAGAUGCCUGCUUGUGACAUUUGCUCUCAGCUUCUGUUUUGCCUCAGUACAUGCAGAGCCAUUUGAACCAGCUCACCUUUAUCACCACAGAUCUGGACCUAAUGAAGACAAUAUCAUCAUCGCUAACAAUGGGAUCAGGGUGCCUUUUGGCAGGUCUGUGUCCCUGGACCCUGUGAAUGACCUGGUAACAGACGUGCAGCCUGGUGACCGUUGCCAUAUCACAGUUUUGGACAAUGACCCACUGGCCCAGAAGCCUGGGAUGCUGACCCCUAAAAAGUUCCCCUGUUCUUUUGGACCAGAUGACGUGAAAUACACUCAUUUUGGAUCUCGGAGCCCCAGCAAGGAUCGAGUGAAGCUGCAGCUUCGUUAUGACUCUCAGACAGACACAGUUAUCAUCCCUUUCAUGCUGGAAGUGGAGGUGGUUUUCCAGCAGCUUGAGAUCCUUACCAGGAAUAUGCCCCUUAAUGUUGAAAAGCUCAGUGGUGACAGCAACCCUAUUGAUAAGAAGGGCCUGGAGUUUUCCUUUGAGGACGGUGUCACACAGUGUAAGAUCACCACUCUGCUUGGCGAAGGAGGUCUCCCCAGGUAUGGCACUCUUUUGAAUAACCCCUCAAAUGGCCAAAUGGUUGACUGUGAAGAGUUUGUGAAACAGGGAAUUCGGUACAAGCACACAGCUAAAACCAACUCACCAAACAGAGACUAUAUUCCAAUGAUGGUAGAGCUGCAGGAUAACGAAGGCAACACCAUAAUGCAAGAGCAUUUCCAAAUGAUGGUUAGAAUCAGAGAGGGUGCAGAGAAUACUGCUCCUAAACCCAGCUUUGUGGCUAUGAUGAUGAUGGAGGUUGAUCAGUUUGUGAUGACAGCUAUUACAAAUGACAUGCUGGCUGCUGAAGAUGUUGAAUCUGACCCAGAUGAUUUAAUCUUCAACAUUACUUCACCGCUGGGCCCCCAGCAGGGCUAUAUCAUCAGCACAGAUGAUCAGAACCUGCCUAUCACCUCUUUCUAUCAGCGAGACAUCAAAGAUCUUAAAAUAGCUUAUAAGCCACCCUCAGAGGACUCAGAGGUAGAGAGGAUUUUCCAGCUAGAGCUUGAAAUUGUAGACACUGAUGGUGCUGUGUCUGAUACAUUUGCGUUUAUGAUUGUGGUGAAGCCUAUGAAUACCUUGGCUCCUGUAGCAACCAAAAAUACAGGGCAGCUAUUGUUUGAAGGGCAGUCCCGAGCUCUCUCCAGCUCCCAGAAUUUAGAGAUUAGUGAUGAGGAUAACCUGGAAGAUGUGAGAAUAACUGUUGUUGAUGGCUUGAAGCAUGGAGUCCUGACCAUACUCGGCACUCGCAGGAAAUUCUUUACACCUGCUGAUCUGGAUGCAGGCAUUGUGGUUUACCAGCAUGAUGGCAGCGAUACCUAUAGUGACAACAUUAUUUUCAGAAUGACUGAUGGCAGUAAUGAAGUGGAGUUUUUGUUCCCAAUCACUAUUGCUCCAACUGAUGAUGAGCCACCGAUUAUCAAUGCUAACACCGGCCUGGUGCUAUUCAAGAAUGAAGUCAUGCAGAUCUCUCCCUUCAUCCUGAGCGCCACAGAUAUUGAUUCAGAAGAUUCCACCAUUAAGUUUAUCUUGGAAGCCCCUUACUCCACUGUUGGGGAGCUCCUGCUAAGGCAAGUGGAGCCUCCCUCUGACCCUUCUCUCUGGAAGUUCAGCGAGACAGAUGAGAUGUUUGAGCAAGUGGUGACUGAAUGGUUUCAGCAGGAUAUUCUUGAUGGAAAACUGUUCUAUCGUCACAUUGGACCCCAUAGUACCACCACCGUGAUUGAUCAUUUUGUGUUCCGUGUCCAAGAUGACAAUGACCCUCCUAAUCAAUCAGGUGAACAUAUGUUCACGAUCAAAAUACAUCCUGUUGAUGACCUUGUCCCAGAGCUUUUUCCGGGCACCACCCUUCACAUGACAGUUCAGGAGUAUGAGCUGACACACUUCAAGAAGAAAUUCUUGUGUUAUAGUGAUCUAGAUUCAGAUGAUAGGGAUCUGAAGUACACCAUCAUUAAGUCCCCAACUGACACAGAUGAGAACAAUCCAGUCCCCUUGGGGGAAAUUGUACUGACUGACAGCCCUGACACUGUAAUUACAGAGUUCACACAGGCCCAGGUUAAUCACCACAAAGUAGCUUACAGGCCUCCGGACCAGGAACUGGGCAUCACUCCAAAAGUGGCUCAGUUCACAUUCACUGUGGAAGACACUGCUGGUAACACAGUAGAUGGACUAUUCACCAUUUUCCUGCAGCCGGUCGACAACAAACCCCCACUUAUCACCAAUGCAGGGUUCACUGUUAUGGAAAGAAGUACACAUGUCAUCACUAGGAAAGAGCUUCAUGGCACAGACACAGAUACAGACGAUGAAAAUAUUGUCUUCACCUUGACCCAGAUUCCAGUGUAUGGGCAGUUGCAGUACUUGGGGAUCGACAUGUCAAACGGCGAAACAUUCGUACUUGAAGACAUUGCAAAUGGUCGCAUAACUUACAUCCAUGGUGGAGAGGAAUCCCUCAGUGAUGUCAUUAAGCUUGAUGUCAGCGAUGGUUUUCAUGAGGUUCCUAUCACCAUUAAGAUCAACAUUGACCCAGUUGAUGAUGAGACCCCCACUAUUAUGCUCCCAGCUGGUCUGCUUGGAGCAUCCAUCGAUGUACUGGAGAACGGAGCAACAGAGAUUACAAGUAAUGUCAUUCAGGGUCGUGAUGAAGACACAGAUGACCUCGUGCUCACUUUCAUUGUUGAAGAGCCUCCCAGGCUGGGAGAAAUCCUGGUUAAUGGUGCUCCCACUGAGAGAUUCACCCAGGAAGACAUCAUUAACGGGGUAGUGGUGUAUGCUCACACAUCUGGUGAAAUCGGACCUGUCAAAGAACAUGACUCCUUCAACCUUACUUUGUCUGAUUUGUCAGAUCAGUGGGUUGUUGGCGGCAACAAGGUCCAAGGUGUGACAGUUUAUGUCACCAUCCUUCCUGUUGACAGCAUUCCACCUAUUGUCAGUGUUGGAGAGCAGUUUGUUGCAGUGGAAGGGGAGAAGAAUGUCAUUACUUUGGACCACAUCCAAGCUGAGGAUAUUGACACUGCCAAUGAAGAUAUCCUGUGCACCAUAAUCGUUCAACCGACAUCUGGUUAUGUGGAGAACAUCUCCCCAGCCGCAGGCUCUGAGAAAUCCAGGGCUGGGACAGCCAUCACUGCCUUUAGCAUUAAAGAUAUUGCCCUCGGUCAUAUCUACUAUGUCCAAAGCAUCCACAAAGGGGUUGAGCCUGUUGAAGAUCGUUUUACCUUCCGCUGCUCAGAUGGUAUUAAUUUCUCUGAACGCCACUUCUUCCCCAUAGUCAUCAUUCCAGCCAAUGAUGAGAAGCCUGAGAUUUUCAUCCGUGAGUUUGUUGUUAUGGAGGGCAUGAGUUUGGUCAUUGACACACCAAUUCUGAAUGCAGCUGAUGCUGACAUCCCUGGGGAUGAGCUGCACUUUGAGAUCAUCAAAAACCCUAAACAUGGUACAAUAGUUCAGCAGCUCAGCACUGGCACUAUCCCUGUGGAAAAUUUCAACUUGGAACAGAUCAAAGAGGCGUCCAACAUUGUCUAUGAACACGAUGACUCAGAGACCAAAGAGGACAGCUUUGAAAUCAGGCUCUCAGAUGGAAAACAUAAGGUGGAAAAAACAGUUCUUAUAAUGGUUAUUCCUGUUGAUGACGAGACACCGAGGAUGGCCAUAAAUGAUGGCCUUGAUGUUGAGAUUGGAGAGACAAAAGUCAUCAGCAACAGGGUUUUGAAGGCCACAGAUCUUGACUCUGAAGACAAAGAACUAACAUAUGUUGUGCGCUAUGGCCCUGGUCAAGGCUACCUUCAACGUAUCAGCAAGUUUGGUGAUGUUUUAGGUAAUAUUACCCUCGGGAUGAACUUCACACAGGACGAAAUCGACAAACAGCUCAUCCAGUAUGUACACACAGGCCAGGAGGGAAUCCGUGACCUCCUGAAGUUUGAUGUCACAGAUGGCAUCAAUCCCCUUAUUGACCGUUACUUUUACAUCAACAUUGGAAGCAUUGACAUGGUCUUUCCAGAUGUUAUCAACAAAGGGGUGACUCUAAAAGAAGGAGGGAAAGUAACUCUUACCACUGACCUUCUCAGCACGACCGACAUUAACAGUCCUGAUGAAUACCUCAGCUUUAGCAUCACAAGAGCGCCUAGUAGAGGCCACUUAGAGAGCACUGACUUCCCAGGUGUUCCCAUUUCCACCUUCACCCAACUGCAGCUUGCUGGCAACAAGAUCUACUACAUUCACACCUCUGAUGAUGAGAUGAAAAUGGACAGCUUUGAGUUUGAGGUGACAGAUGGUUACAAUCCUGUCUUCCGUACCUUCAGAGUGUCCAUCACUGAUGUAGACAAUAAGAAGCCUGUCUUGACUAUAAACAAACUGGUUGUGGAAGAGGGAGAAACCAAGCUCAUCACACCAUUUGAGUUGACAGCUGAGGACCGUGACACCCCAGACAACCUAUUGCGCUUCAUAGUCACCCAAGUGCCAGUGCACGGGCAGCUGCUUUUCAACAACACCAAACCAAUUGCAACCUUUUCCAAGCAGGACCUAAACGAGAACCUCAUCAGCUAUAAACAUGAUGGCACUGAGACCAACGAAGACAGCUUCUCCUUCACUGUCACAGAUGGCACUCACACUGAUUUUUAUGUCUUUCCUGACACUGUGUACGAGACACGCAAGCCCCAGAUGAUGAUGAUUCACAUCAAUACUGUGGACAACGGUGUGCCCCAGAUUGUGGUUAACAAAGCUGCUGCCUCACUGAAGGUCCUCCAAACAGGCCACCUGGGCUUCCUGAUCACCAGCAAGGCCCUUCGAUCAGAGGACCGCGACAGCGUCCAGAGAGUUCUUAAAUACACAGUGUCUCAGGCUCCCGUGCAUGGCUUCAUCAUCAACACUGGCCAGGGCAAUGACAGCGUGAAGACCUUCACACAAGCUGAUAUCAAUGACAUGAAGAUCUGUUACGUGCUGUUGGAUGGGAGCAACGCCACAAGUGAUAUCUUCUACUUCACAGUUGAAGACAAAGGUGGAAACAAGCUAAAGCCGCAGCCAUUCCGGCUCAACUGGGCCUGGAUCUCUCUGGAGAGGGAAUACUAUUUAGUGGAUGAGGACGCCAAAUUCCUGGAGGUGACACUGAAACGCAGAGGCUACCUGGGGGAAACCUCCUUUGUCAGUAUUGCCACCAAGGAUGGAACCGCUGAGAAGGACAAAGACUUCCGUGGCAAAGCCCAGAAGCAGGUCCAGUUCAACCCCGGCCAGACUACUGCAACCUGGAAGGUGAAGAUCUUCACAGACCAGGAGUUUGAGACCUCGGAGACCUUUGAGAUUCAGCUGUCAGACCCAGUCAUGGCUGUGCUGGAGUUUCCCGACACAGCAACAGUGGAGAUUGUGGAUCCGGGAGAUGAAUCGACUGUCUUCAUUCCUCAGGCAGAGUUCAAGAUUGAGGAGGACGUUGGGGAGCUGCUGGUGCCGGUGCGACGUUCAGGAGACGCCAGCCAGGAGCUCAUGGUCGUCUGUUACACUCAGCAAGCGACGGCCACUGGCACCAUACCCAGCACCGUGCUGUCCUACUCCGAUUACAUCACCCGACCUGAGGACCACACCAGCGUGCUGCGCUUUGACAAGGACGAGCGAGAGAAGCUCUGUCGCGUCAUCAUCAUCGAUGACUCCCUGUAUGAGGAGGAAGAGAGCUUCAACGUCAGCCUCAGCAUGCCCAUGGGAGGCCAGGUGGGCACCAACUUCCCAACCGCCAAGGUCACCAUCUUGGCAGACAGCGACGAUGAGCCCUCGCUGUAUUUUGGGGAACCUGAGUACGUCGUGGAUGAGAGUUCAGGCUACGUUGAGGUGAAGGUCUGGAGGACAGGGACUGACCUGUCCAAGACAGCUACUGUCACUGUCCGCUCCAGGAAGAGCGAUCCCGUCUCUGCAGAAGCUGGACUAGACUACGUCGGCAUCAGUCGCAACUUAGACUUUGCUCCUGGAGUGACAAUGCAGACGUUUAGAGUGACCAUCCUGGAUGAUCUGGGUCAGCCCGAGCUGGAGGGGCCUGAGACCUUUGACCUCGUGUUACGGAUGCCCAUGAAUGCUGUGCUGGGAGAACCAAGCAAGACCAUCAUCACCAUCAAUGAUACAUUCACUGACCUGCCGAAGGUUCAGUUUAAAGAAGGAAGCUACAAGGUGGACGAGUCUGACGGGGAGGUGACAGCCAUAGUGUACCGCAGUGGAGACAUUAACCUCAGGUCCACGGUGCGCUGUUACACUCGCCAAGGCUCUGCUCAGGUCAUGAUGGACUACAGUGAAAGACCCAAUACUGACGCGUCGAUCAUCACUUUCCUACCAGGUGAAACUGAGAAGCCGUGUGUGGUUAGCCUGAUGGACGACUCCGUCCAUGAGGAGGAUGAGGAGUUCCGCCUCGUCCUGGGAACUCCAAAGAGCAAGUCUCCCUAUGGAGCGUCUAUCGGGGAGCAGAAGGAGGCGCUGGUCGUGGUCACAGACGAGAAAGACAAGCCCAUCAUCCGCUUCUCUGAGAUCAAGUACAGUGUACGUGAACCUCAGGUCAAAGGUGACAUAGCUAUAGUGAAGAUUCCUAUUCUGCGUGUUGGAGACACCUCAAAGGUCUCAGUGGUGAGAGUGCACACCAAGGACGGCUCGGCAACCUCCGGAGAGGACUACAACCCGCUGUCAGAGGACGUUGAGUUCAAGGAGGGCGAGAAGGAACACUUUGUGGAGAUUGAGAUCCUCUAUGACGGCCAAAGAGAGAUGAGAGAGGCCUUCACUGUACACAUGAAGCCGGAUGACAACAUGGUGGCUGAAAUUCAGAUGAACAAGGCCAUUGUGUACAUUGAGGAGAUGGACAGUGUGGCAGAUGUUACCUUCCCUGCCGUGCCCCAGGUGGUUUCCCUGCUCAUGUAUGACGACACAGCUAAAACCAAAGACAAGCCUCACCCGCCCAAUGGGUACCCUGUCGUGUGUGUGACGGCUUGCAACCCGAAGUACCACGACUUCGACAAAACUGGGUCCAUCUGCUCUGCGGAGAACAUCAACGACACUCUCACUCAAUAUCGCUGGCUGGUCAGCGCCCCCACCGGGUCCGAUGGAGUGACCAGCCCCAUGAGGGAGGUGGACACUAAUACUUUCUUCACCAACACCAAGUCCAUCACGUUGGAUUCGAUCUACUUCCAGGCCGGUUCAAGGGUCCAGUGUGCAGCAAGAGCCUUCAAUGCCAAUGGAGAUGCCGGCCUGGAGCUGUCCAGCCCCAUUGUCGUGAUUAGCAAGGAGGAGGGUAUGUGUCAGCCUCGUGUCCAAGGCACCGUUGGAGCGGAACCCUUCUCUGCUAAGAUCCGCUACACCGGCCCAGAUGACCCGGACUUCCCCAACCUCAUUAAAUUGACUGUCAACAUGCCUCACAUGGAUGGCAUGUUGCCAGUGAUCUCCACAAGACCCCUGUCCAACUUCGAGCUCACCCUGAGCCCAGACGGCACACGUGUGGGCAACCAUCGCUGCUCCAACUUGCUGGACUUUAACGAGAUCCAAACUGGCCAUGGCUUCAUCACCGACGCAACCAAGAACCCUGAAAUCAUUGGCGAGACUUCACCCUACCAGUACAGCACAGUUAUGCGCUCCGCCAACUCUCUGCGCUUCUACAGGAACCUCAACUUGGAGGCCUGCCUCUGGGAGUUCACCAGCUACUACGACAUGUCAGAGCUGCUGAAUGACUGCGGAGGCUCUAUAGGCACAGACGGACAGGUGCUGAACCUGGUCCAGUCCUACGUCACCCUGCGCGUUCCUCUGUUUGUGUCCUACGUCUUCCACUCUCCAGUGGCUGUGGGUGGCUGGCAGCACUUUGACCUGCUGUCAGAGCUCAAACUCACCUUUGUGUACGAUACUGCCAUUCUGUGGCAGGACGGCAUCGGCAGCCCACCUGAGGCUGAGCUACAAGGAGCCAUGUACCCAACCAGUAUGCGUAUAAACGAGGAGGGACGACUGGUGGUCAAUUUCAAGACAGAGGCUCGCUUCAGGGGACAGUUUGUUAUGUCUCAUCCAGGAACCAGCGUGUCGUCCAUGGUGAUGUGUGCUGACCACCCUGGACUCACGUUCAGUCUGUCCCUGGUCAGGACUGAGCCAACGUACAACCAGCCCAUGCAGCAGUGGAGUUUUGUCUCAGACUUUGCUGUGCGGGACUACUCUGGGACCUACACAGUGAAGAUGACCCCCUGCAUCGCAUCACCCAAUGGGGAGUUCAGCAUCCCUCCUGUCUGCCACCCAAGAGAGCCGCUGACGUUUGACAUGGACAUUCGCUUCCAGCAGGUGAGUGACCCAGUUGCAGCAGAGUUCAGCCUCAACACUCAGAUGUUCCUGCUGUCCAAGAAGGAGUUGUGGUUGUCUGACGGCUCCAUGGGCUUUGGAGAAGGGACGGAUGCUGCUUUUUCUGACGGAUCCACUAUCUACGGUCGUGUGAUGGUGGACCCAGUGCAGAACCUGGGCGACUCCUUCUCCUGCAGCAUUGAGAAAGUCUUCCUCUGCACUGGAGCAGAUGGCUACGUUCCCAAGUACAACCCCACCAACAAGGAGUAUGGCUGCCUGGCAGAUGCUCCCUCUUUGCUUUACAGAUUCAAGAUCCUGGACAAGGCCCAGCCAGAGACUCAAGCUGUAGCGUUUGGUGAUGUUGCGUUUAAGGCCACACUGGCUCAAGACACACCUGGAGGUCUGCCUUUGAUUAGACAACCAGGAUCAGAUGGCUUCACACUCUCCUCAUCCCCACUUUUCCAGGUGGCUGCUGGUCGAGAAUGGUUCAUUCACACUAUUUACACUGUUCGCUCCCGAGAAAAUGCCAACCGCAACAUUGGCAAGCGCAGUGUGGAGUACCUGCAUCACAGCAUGUCCUCUGUUGAGCAGCCAAAGACCGCCAACAUGGCCGCUCACCGCCACCGCCGUGCCGCCCCUACUUUCUCCAACCCUCCUCUUACCCAGGACAUAGGUGUCGACAACAACCGGGGCACCAACAUCCAGCACAUCGCUCUGGACCGAGCGGACCGCAUGCUGGUCAGCCAGCGCCAGCCCUGGUCCCCCAACCGUGACCCCAUCCUGGAGCGCCCCCUGCUGGAGAGUUCUGGCAGAGAGCCGGCUGACUCCUCCACCUUGCCCAUGCUAGUGGGCCUGGCAGGUCUGAUCCUCCUCAUCUGCCUCAUCGCCACCAUUGUGAUUCUGCUGCUGCGGCGCAAGAAGAGGGAAAAGAAGACCCAGCUCCCCCCUUACACCACCUCCUCUUCUUCUGCCUACAGCGGCUACAGCCAGCCAGCGAGCAUGUGGAGCAGCUCAGACAGCUCUGAGGUCUAG